AUUGGACUUUGACUCUGUGAGUGAAUUUAAACCCACCCCUCUGUGGAUGACUCCCGGAGAACAUAUGAGUCCCUCCCCCAGUUUACUGAGGAUCAUUCCGAGCUACACUGGAGCCAAGAUGGCCAUGUCUCUUGUCAGAAACUUACUCGUUGGAAACCUGAUGCCAGAGAAAUGCUACGAGCAGAUUUUUCUCACAGGCAACGUGCACGUUCCGUGCUUGAAGUUUGUGCUGAACAGAAUCGCUGGAUUCUGGAUCAUAUUGGACACGUUUUUGGCUCAGACUCCCCAGCUGCUGAAGAUCCUGUGGAGGGGAAGUGCGGAAGGCCUGAGCGUGGCGUCCUUCCUGCUGCAGCUUUAUGCUCUCUCGUGCCCUGUUGUCUACGCUGUGGCCCACAACUUCCCAUUUUUUGCUUGGGCGGAAAGGCUCUUCACUCUGUCUCAGACAGCAGCCAUCCUCUUCCUCAUCAUGCAUCAUCAGGGUCUGCUGCUGCUCCUGGUUUUUGGUGGUGUGAUGCUCCUCCUGGCUCGCUGUGCAGCUACUGCAGUUGUCUCAUUGAUGCAAGCUUCCAAUCUAGCAGCUGUUAAUGCAAGCAAGGUUUUCCAGACUAUAACCAACCACCAAAAUGGCCACACGGGUCAGCUGUCCACACUGUCUGUGUUUCUGACGUGGACUGGGUCUCUGGGACUCAUUGUUGUUUCUUUGCAGGAGUCGGGCAGCUCUUUUACCAGCCUGUUGCACAUACUGUCCUCAGGCCUGAGCUUUGUCCUGCUGCUCCAGGUCUGCUGCUCAAAGAGCAGCACUGCUGCUGCUGCUGCUGCGAAGAAAAACAAGAAGACAGAUUAAAAGAGAGAAGGCUGUACAAAAAAUGUUUACAAUGUUUUAUAGGUAAUAUGGGUCAAUGCUGCUUUAAAGUACCGUAAAUUGUAUUUCUGUGAAAACUACAUGCUAGGUUUUAACUAUUAAUGUUGGAUGUUUUUGUAUAAUAUAUAAAUAAGUCCUUUGACUCCCCCUGUCGACAAGACUCCUGCCUUACUCAUGUUUCUUAUGCAAAAGCAAGUGACAGACACAAUGAUCAAUUUAUGUAUGUAUAAUGUAUGUGUGCAUUCCCCUAAUUUCUUUUACUUUUUUUUAUAUUUUCCAAUCGAUUCAUGACUAAAUCCCCUUGCUAGGUUUGAGAUAGAGAGAGAAAGAGAGAGAAAGCAAGAAAGAGAGAGACUCUUUCAAAAAAAAAUAGAAUAUCAUAGAGAAAUUCAAGCCAGACUGGUACUUUUUUGUUUAUUUUAACAUACAUUCGGAUUCCAGUUCAUAAAAGCCAUGAAAAGAAAAAAUAUUGGCAAACAACAGAAUGGUACUUUACCGCCACCACCUGGUCUGGAGCGUGGGUCGAGGGCUUUAUUACAACAACAGUAGACAUAUCCCACUCUAUGCAACCUGUAUUCUCCCCAUCAGGCGUGUCCUCCAUAAAAACUAAAACAAAUACACAAAACAGUCCCUAUUUCCUGAAAUUUCAUAAAUAUUCCACAGAAUCUUCAGCUCUUAAACCUUUUUUCUGAGUGUGGCUCUUUGUCUUGCGUAAUACUGAUAUUUCAAUACAACAUGCUAUACAGUUUCAACAUCCUGACAAUAAUUAUAUUUACCAUUUACAUGCUUACUGACUGUAUGAAGCUGGUAAUUAAUACUUGUGUGU